AUGGACGAUUCUGAAGGGGCCGAUACGAUUCGAUCCCUCGGUAUGCAUUUGCAACCAUUCGAUUACGCAUCCCAUACGGAUGACGUUGGCAUUGAGUGGCGUAAGUGGCUGAAAUCGUUCGAGACGAUGGUGCGAGCGAGCCGGAUCGACGACGAAGAGUGGAUGAAAGAUUUGCUGUUACAUUUUGCAGGCCCAAACGUUCAGCAGUUGUUCGAUACGCUACCAGAAUUACCGGAUAGUGGAAUGCGUGGCCCACUAAUGAAUGUGGAUACUUAUACACCGAACAUGUCAUGCUACGAAGAAGCUGUAACAAGAUUGAAUGCGUUUUUCCUUCCCAAAGAAAAUACUACCUAUGAGCGACACCUGUUGCGUCAAAUGAAGCAGAGAGUUGACGAGAGUAUCGAUUCUUUUACAGUUCGAUUACGCGUUCAAGCCGAACGAUGUGGUUUCGGAGAUAAAGUGGAGGAAAACGUCAAAGAUCAGAUAAUCGAAAGUUGCCAGUCAGCAGUAUUGCGCAGAGAUUUACUCAAACGAGGUGAUGCUGAUCUGCAAGAAAUUUUGAGAGUGGCUAAGAUCUUUGAAACAGUGGCGGUACAAGUAAAAUCUUUUGCUAAAGAAGCAUUGAAGCCCCUUGUCAGCGAGGUGAACAAAAUUGAUGUUAAACCAUCGUAUGAUAGAAUAAAUCGAUUCAUUGAUUCGACGCGUGUGGAAUACCAUCGUUGUGGAUAUUCUGGCCACAUGGCUAGAGAUGAAAAGUGUCCGGCGAGAGGCAAAUCAUGCAAUAAAUGUGGAGGACGUGACCACUUCGCAAAAAAGUGUCGUAAACGUAAGCAACCGAUAGCACCCACUGUCAAUCGAGAUGUUGUACCAAAAUCGGCUGACAAUGGAAGUGAUGGAAUCAGAAAUCAGGAAUCAAAUUCAAUCAAUCAAAUCGUUGACAAAGAGACGGAAUAUAUAUUCAACAUGACGACAUCUGAAAACGACGGUGAAGUGCAAUGCGAAAUAGGAGGCGUCGCCGUUUCAGCGAUAAUUGAUUCAGGCUCUAAAUAUAACCUACUGAGUGAAUUAGUUUGGGAACAAAUGAAAUCCAAAAAGUUAAAUGUUAGCAACCAAUCGCGGGAAGUAUCAAGACCUUCAGAGUUUAUGGUGGACAGGAAUUGUCAGUUCUCGGUGUAUUUACUGCUAUCAUAA